UUGACCACCAUGUCGAUCCCCGCCUUGACAACCUCCGAGCUGCGUCUCGAGCUAGCGCAGACCGAAGCAGAGAUAGACGAUCUUCGCCAGCAACUAGCUGCCUCUCUCAGCAAACGGCGGCAGAUUGUUGCAGCGUUGCGCGCAGUCAAAUACCCCAAGGUGGUGGAUCUCCCCGCCGAGCUUCUAGGGAAGAUAUUCCUCAAUUUUGGCGCCAAGCCGUGGCGAUUCCCGCUGUUCGAACGCUUUACCUACGGCUGUCCACCGCUGGUUCUGGCGGCCGUCUGCCGCCGGUGGCGCGCCGUCGCAGUCGGGCUUCCGAGGCUCUGGAGCGAAAUCACCAUUCGACAGGUCCGAGAACCGGCCGAGGCCGCGGCGACACGGAGCCUGCAAAUGUGGCUCGACCGGUCGCGCGGCUGCCCCCAGCUGGAUAUCGAAAUGGAUGCAUCGUACGGGACCAACUACGGACUGCCGUUGUUGGAAAUGAUCUCAGACAACUCCGUGGCGCAGCGCUGGACCCGCUACAGCGGCGAUAUAACCACCCUGCUGGAGCCGCCGCCGAUUCUGGAGACCCUGCGCGGCCGAUUACCCGCGUUGCGGUCUUUGAAGCUCGAUGGGGCUAGUGUUGAUGACUCGGAGCGCGAGGACUACCCUCCGGUGGCACUUUUUGCUGACGCUCCCGUGCUGCGCGAGCUCUCACUCAUUGCGAUCCAUUUGCCCCAGGUCGAGCUACCGUGGACGCAGAUUACGACGCUUACACUGGAGUACCUGGACCGCCCCUACGUAUGGGAACUCUUGACCCCAAUGCACUGCCUGACAACCUUUACCAUGCAUGUGCAAUGUGUGGAGCAGGACACUCUCGCGGCGCCGUCCGACGCGCAGACCUUGUGCUUGCCCCACCUCCACACGCUCGCCCUCGAAUAUAGUCAUGAUUCUAAUCCCGGGCUCGGUUUAACCUGCCAUUUCCAGUGGACGGACGGCCUCACGCUGCCAGCCCUCACGCAUCUCCGCGUUCAUGGCAUCGACUCCAGUGUUGAUUCCUGCGUUGCUGGCCUCCUGCGGCGCUCACAAUGCAAGCUGGAGUCUCUAACGCUACAACCAGGGGGCAGUGGUCUCGAGAAGGACACUACUAUCACAAUCUUUCGCUAUACUCCGGCAUUGACAGAGCUGGCCAUCCUGCAGGGCACCGCGGCGAUGGUGCAUCUGGUGCUCAAGGAGGUCACGACCCUGCGAGAGGACGAAAAGUGGUUGCGCUACUGCUACCGCACUAUGCUCCUGCCGCAGCUACGCUCCCUCCACGUGGAGUUGUGUUCCGGAGUGUCGCCACUCAGUACGAUCGCCCGCUGGCUUAGCCAGCAGAGCCACCUGAAGCCCGAGGACUUUGGGACAAACCCCUACGCACCGGCCCUCAAGGCGCUGCAGAACAUCGCCUUCGUCGCCACGGAAGCCCAGGACAGCGCCUGGGUUCCAGAGUCAAUGCGCACCGCCGCGGCGGAUGAGAGCGGUGCCGUCGCUUCCUUCGAGGUUUGUGUGCCAGGGAUGUACAUAGAGUCCAGAAAGCAAGCCCCUCGUGGAUGCUUGACAGAUGUUUACGAUGCCGGUGGGUGGCGGACUGUUUAA